AUGGACAUCCGCGGCGCGCGACCACCUGGUCCUCCCACCAUAUCAAUAUACGACGACGACCGCUAUGGCUCAAGUCAGAGACCUUUUGGCUCACACGGGCCUUUCAACCCCAAUUUUGACCGAACCUUCUCUCCGGGAGGAAUGGGAAUACCAAAUGCGCCCUCCCACGAGAACCCUCCACCUGCUCUUCCCCCACCACGUUUCGUGCCCGUCGAAGGGCCGCAAGCACAUCACAACGACUUUUUCGAGCGACAACGCAAGGACUCAUACAACGAGAGCUUCUUCGGGGGCAGGGAAAGUGGCUAUGGUAGUUGGAAGUCGAGGGCCACACCAGACGAUUUUGACUACCGCAGGAGAGAAAGCAACACGACCCUGACAGGCAAGGACGAAGGCUAUUCGAGUUUGUCAAGUUAUGCCUCCUCAACUUCACGAGACAAAGGCCCGAGUUUCCGCGUCCACGACCAGUACAAGUUUCCCUCUGGCGACUCGUAUGACAGUCAGCAGCUGAAGAAGCUGGAUGCAAAGAAAGGCUUGGACAAUAGUGUGCCGUCUCGUGGAUCUGCAUUGAGCGCGUCUAUGCGCUCGCUGCAAGACGGCCCGUCUCCUACAUGGCCCUCUUCCGACCGGCCCCAUAUCCAGCUCCCUCAACUCUCGCUCCCGACCCGCUCUAAGCCUGCCCCUAUUCUUGAGUCUACGGGCUAUGCGGACACACCUCUGAACUCGGCAGUGUCUCCUCGAAGUACCCCUUUUGCGCAACUGGCUCGGUCGCAGGACUACCGCUCACCCAUUGAGCCGCCAUCAGCGAUUGACUUUGACCGGAGCCCGUUUUCAAGGACCCGAAGGCAAAAUUCAGGCGCAUUUCCUGGCGACCUGACGCCGGCGGAUACGUAUGACCACGAGAUGGAGUUUCCAAUGGACGAGACGAACCGUUUGCGCCACAUCCAUUUGGACGAUGGCCAGCACUCGCGUGUCAACAGCCUUGAUACCCAGUGCCAGAGUCUGAAGCGACGCGCGUCCAGCCCCCCUGUUGAAGAACCCGCUCUGCGGAACGCGUCUAGCCACAGCGAUCUCCUUCGCCGCCGUGAAGGUAUCUCAAGGGGUAGUCCAGCGCCCCGGCUCUCGGUUAACCCGCCCCACGGUAGUAUAUCCUCCGUGUCGUCAGGCGACCGAAGCGGAAGCCUUGGAGGAUUGAGCACAGCCACUAGCAUGACCUCUUCGCUGUCUUUUGGCCGGAGGUCGCCCAUCGGUCUGUCGCCAAGCGGCCUGUCGCCGACAGAUGUAGCAAGCUCACCCUUCGCCACACCGAACUCGUUGACGCUUAGUCCAAGAACGACGAUCGUGCCUCGGACCGGUCUGCACCAAAGGGGACCAAGCGAUCAGAGGAACAUGGUAAGUCCUCGGAAGCUGACGGAGCCGACCUUGCGAACGAACAACGGCGUCGGGAAAAUCCAAGGAUUCUACAUGUGCGACUGUUGUCCCAAAAAACCGAAGAAAUUCGACACUCGUGAAGAACUGGGUGCUCAUGAGGCUGAGAAACAAUAUGAGUGUGCCUACUGUGGAAAUCGGUUCAAGAACAAGAAUGAGGCUGAGCGACACCAAAAUUCGCUGCAUGUACGGCGACACUCUUGGUCUUGCUCGGCACUUGCAACUUAUGACAGGGCGUUCCACGAAUCAACCACACGGCCUGGUGAAGCCGACACCUGCGGAUACUGCGGCGAGGAGUUCGCUCGAUCCGGGUUGACCCCUGCGGGGCACGUGCGGCAUGUCACUGAACAGGACUGGGACGAGCGCGUGCGUCACUUGCAAGACCACCACAAGUUCCGCGAGUGUAAUAGCUCCAAGAAGUUUUACAGGGCCGAUCAUUUCCGACAACAUCUUAAGCAUAGCCAUGCGGGAACAAGUGGCAAGUGGACCAACAUGCUGGAAAACGCAUGCAUGAUGGAAGAGGAGCCGCCGCAACCACCCGGGAGGUGA